GCAGCGAACAAGGUUGAAGCUUUCAAAAGUCCGUCGCAAUUGUGCCGAGUGCCCAGAGAAAUCAGCUCCAAGAAGGGUUGAUUCGCAAGAUCUAACACCGGCUAUGGAUUGUGUGAACUUUGCGGGAUAAGCGUAUUUUUUACGCCAACACACAUGCUACUUCGAACGACAUCGGCAAUUGACGAUUUUGGUUCGGGGACCUUGAAUUGCAUGUGGGAAGGCGAAUAAUUCUAAUAUCUUGUCCUUAUUGAGUUGCUUGUGGAAGUUUGGUUACAAAUUGUGGGUGCAUUGACUGUGAAUGUUUCUCCUUUUAAGCCCUAUAAAUGGGCUGUGCUCCUAGCAUUCACGUCUCACAAUCUGGAGUAUUUUAUUGUAGAGACGAAAUUCGCGAAGGAUCAAGCCCUAGACCAAGAGCAUCUUCUCCUAGUGAAAUUGUCGGCCAUAUUCGUUCAAGCUCGGACUCUGGGUCGCAUAUUUCGACGUCGUCUUCUUCUCGAAAUCGUGGAAAUAAUAAAAAAGGACAAAACUCUCAUCGAGGUAGUUCUAUUGAAGCAGAAACACAAACUUACGACCCAAGGAGUAGUAUGGAGCAUCCCAAGGUAAAGAGUGUUAUUUUCCCGUUUGCGAUUGUCGCCGACUGAGUUUAGAUUAAAAGGUGUUCAGAGUACAUUUUCUACAAAAUUUGGGCCGUGUUGCCUUCGCAGUCCUCUGAUAUUUUUCUAUGGAUGUCUUUUUACAGAAUGAAAGAAAGGAAAUUUCACUUGGACCAAUGAAGUUAUAUCAAGCCCAAAUGCAGGUAGGAUUUGUCGUUCGUCUUUUCUCGGUUAAAACACAAAAAAGCUAGCUUUGACUUGUGGGCGAAAGACAGUUAGAGAUCAUGUACAGUACAGUUGCUAUCGAAGUUACCCUUCUCUCACCGACGUAGCCAAUCCUUGGCCUCAUUUCGACUUUUUAAGCGGAUCAAACUCGUCAAACUUCGACCUGGAAUAGGGUGUUGUACAGUAUUUCUGUAUAGUGCCUUUACACGUCCACUUUGUUUCAUUGGGAACGAAGCCAUCCUAGCGCUUCGCGUCAACACAUUCAGAACAUUUUUCCUUUGCUCAUAUGCCAACCUUUCGCAAUUUUGACUUACUAGACCUUUGAUUUAAGUUAUUUUUCACAUCCUGGUAACCCCUGUGUUAUCUUUACCGUUAAGAAGGAGAAAUCCUCACCUAUAUUUCCCCGGUUUUUUUUCCACGUCAAGCGCGUAAAAAGAUUGGUCUGUUUUUUGUUUACAAUAGCUCUCGUCGUGUGAAAGGUCCACGGCCUUUCCUUACCUAAUAUUUUUGCUUGGCUUUUAAAUGUUGUCUUCGCUCGUGAUACCAGGAAGUCUUUCCAUCCUGCCAUUGCAAAACUUUGUUUUUUCAUUAGAAGAGAAAGGGAUCAAACCUUCUCUGAAAAAUAUUACAUGUAAUACGUGAAAGUUCUCAUAUCGAUUCUUCCGAAGGCACCAAGAUUUUCUGUUGCCUUUCGCCGGCAUUUCGACUUGACGCGCUUUAAAAGUCAGAGUUUCAGUUGAAUAUAUGUUUUUAAACUUUAAUCUUUUUUAUGACCUCGAGUUGACAGGUUUGAUGGCGAGUUUUUGUUGUGGUCGCUAUCCAAAUUUCUCAUAACAGUCUUGUGCGAAGCAUAGAUGAUAACAUUUGCUAUCGAGAAAAAAACUGACCUAUUGUAAACAUCAGAAACAGGAGCUAUCGCAGCUUUUAAGAAGGACGCCUCUCCGAAGUCGUUUGAAUUUACUGUUACUCGAUGCUAGAGUUUGUAUCAUGACCUUGCUUGAUGAUGACAACGAAUCUUGUACUAGUUUUCGGAAAAAACUCGAUUCGCAGACGAGGCAAGGUUGAAUUUAAUUUCAAAUCCUUACUCACCCACAGAUUCACUUUUUGAUGUAAAUUUCAUCGCGUUUGAAACUGACAUCAGAAAGAGAAAUUUUUAACCUGUGCAUUAUGUCAUUAUUACUGUGUCAGAUACACACAAAAAGGUCACCAGGAUGAAGUGUGUCUGGUUGUGGCUUUUUUGAGAACUCAUGUGUAACCCUGUGCAUAGUUACUAGCAAACAUUUGAUAAUAAACAAAUAACUGAUUUGGUGGAUAUCAGUGCAAGACAAUUUUUUAUUUAAACCACCUUGGACGACAGUUUUGUUUUGCUUAGUUUUUGUGUGUAUGUAUUUUUUUCUUGUGGAAAUCAAGUUAUGCUGUCUAUGUGCAAGAGUAAGGCUUUCUAGAUCUGUCCUGAUAGAUCUUGAAAAAAUAUAGCUGUAACUGCCUUAUCAGUAUAGUUAAAUAGGUCAGUAAUCUGAUCUUGCUAGGCUUGAAGGUUUUUUUCAGCACAUGAUGUGUGGACUUAAAUGUUUGGUCUUUUCAUUUUUCCUUCCUUUUUCCUUGAAACAAAAACUAAAAUACAGAUGCAUUUCAUUUCUGGGAGUAGUGAAAGAAGGUCAGAAAUAGAAAUUUUUGAAAUGGCUGAAUGAUUGGUUGGAAAGUCUUUAUGGGAAAGAAGGCUUUUUACCUCUCAGACAUUUGGCUGAAAAGAAUUUACAUGCUUAGAUUUAGUGUCUGUUGAUUUAUUGGUUACCAUAGUUGUUGUUGGGAUGAUAAAUGUAUUGAUCAUAUUUGAUAAUGGUAACAUCUUGAAUGUGCUGAUGCACAGUUGAUUGUUCAUUUUUAAGUCACGAUAUGGAUUUUUCGUUAAAUGUAAUCGGGGUUUGCAGCAUAUGAAACAUAUUUUGCUGCUACUUUAUGUUACGCUGGUUUCAUUGAUUUUACAGUCACAAUGUACAAUUUUAAGUGGAAAUUUUGAAAUUUUUUAAUCUACUUUUCUGGUUUGGUUAGAUUGGUUGUGUAAGACAUUCUGCAAAAAGUCAGGGAUCGUAUUCAUUUAGUCUGCACUAUUUGAAUUUUGUUACCAGGGUUCAUUGUACCGUUGUUAUUUUAUUUUUCCAUCUGCAAUAUUUUCUCUUUUUGUAAUUGUAAUGAACUUAUCAAUAGUUUUCCAGGGAUAAUGUUAGCCUUGCACAUAAGCAAGACACCAGUAGCAAAGUUGGCAAGUAUAUUUUGUGAAUGAGUUAUGAGGGGGGGCUUCUUAAUCAUAUAUACCAUAUUUAUUCAACUAUAAGCCGGGCGAUUUUUAUACAAAUUAAACCUGAAGUGAACUAAAAUUUGGGCUCUAGAGGGGGUCUCAGCUCAUAGCCAAAAGUUUUGAAAAAAUUUUUUCCAGCGCACAGAAACUCUACUAAAUUAGGAUGUAUUAACUUAUAAGCCAAGCUAAAGUAAAGAAACACAAUAUACAAUCAUUGUUUUGGUGGGUAGGCUGACAAAAUGGCAGCACUUCCAUUUCUGGUACCAGCUUAGGGAUGCUUUUAAACUCAGGAUCCUUGCUGAAUACUUUUGCCUUUAGAUGUUGCAUCAAUCCACUAACAGCUAUUUUGAAAUAAAUGAUUGUGAACAAGGUACUGGUGAUGCCACUCAACAACACAGUUAGUUUUAAACUGAUAUUUUGGAUCACAUUAAUUCAUCUGAGUUAUGAUUCAUUACCUUUCAAUUGAAUAGUUAGUUAUGGGUAAUAUUUAUUAAUUUGCAUGUGUUUUCUGAGAGGGAAGAUUUUUGGUCCUUUGCAUAUUAAAUCACCAUUGUAUCUCUUGUAAAUGCUCAUGUGUUAUUGUCUAAGCCUCAUUUAUGACAAUCAAUGUGAUUUUUUCAGAAAAUGUUAGGUUUUUCCCUUAGUUAACAAUUCAGUCUUGUAAUAAUGAAUGGGUCUUGCCUUAUAGCUGGGUGUUUUCGAUUUAUUUUUGGUUCUUGUUAUGCCAAGUCUACACGUACAAAGUUUGGGGCCUUGGCUUAUAGUGGAGAUCGGCUUAUAGCCAAAUAAAUACAGUAUUUUGAGAAUGACCAAACUAAGGGUUUGGUCAGCUUGUGUGAAUGCUUGUAACUGGAUGUAAAUUCUUUUCCAAAAAUAAAUUUAUCCAGAUCAAUUGGGUUUGGAUGCAAAUCUCAGAUUGAAAAAGAUAUUUGCUCUAAUUUUAGAAACAUGAAUUUCUUUAACAAACAAGAUUUGAUAAUUGUGUAAUAUCUAUUUUGGAAAAUUUACACGUACUAAACCAAGAAAGUGGGAUUUUCAUAUGUUAUGGCAUACAAUUUUCUCCAAUUUAACUCUUUUGUGGGAAUAUAAACAUUGUUCAGCUCUUCUCUGACUGUCAGUCUCCAUGUCUAUUUCCAUGUGUGUCUGGUUCUUGUUUACUGCUGAGUCACUACAUUUCUUUGAAACACUUUUGAGUUUUUACUUUGCAUGUAAAGAUUGUCUUGCAGCUUCCAAAAAGCUCCCUUCAAGUAGAGUGUCACUUUAAACUUCCAAGAAUGAAUGUUCCCUACCAUGUUAACUCAUAGUUUUACUUAAGAAAAAAAUGUUUAUCUAUCUUUGAUGCCAUUUGUUUCUUUAAAGUAUUUCUUUAUUUUUAAUACUUACUCUGGGAGGCAUUAAACAAGCCUGUCUGUGUGUGCAUAACAAAAAGUUUGUCUAAACUUUACCUUUUUUUGUUGUGAUCAACAUAGAUAUAGUCAAUUCACUUCACCCAUCCAAUUUUUAUAUAAUCCAUUGACUUCUGUGGUUUAUUAGUAAACUAUAAUUGUGAUUCUAAAUUGUCAACGUAAGAACUGAUUUAGAACUUUGUGAAAAACCACUCUGAAAAAUCUAAGGAUUGCAUGUUAGAAUGUUUUGUGGUUUCAUUUAUAUUGUUACAGAAUGUUGAAAUACCUUUUUGAUGAGUGUACUGUUUAUUCUAAACUCAGUUUUAUAGAGAAAUGCUCAUUUAUUGGGAAUAAAUUGAAAUUGUUGUUUUUUCUGUGCUAUGUCAUCAGAAUACUUUAUUUACUACAAAAAACCAAUGUUCUGACAGCACUUACUGAAAGACUCUUCCAACAAAAGAUAAACAAGAUCAUGCAAACCUAAAAAUAUUGUUACUUCCUGUUUUAAUUGUUCUAGAUCAUGCUGGUGUUUUCAAAAGAAGAUGCUCAGACUGACAGCUUUCUUCAUGCAGCCGAAAGAGGUGGAUAUUUAUGUCAAAUUUGUAAAACAUCUGAAGAAGCCAUGGAACAGUACAUAAACAUUCAGCCAGAGGUGAGUAGGUAUCAGUAAUUUGAUUAUAUCAGCCUUAUGAUGUUAUGAUUAAGUCUACUUACUUCCUGACACUCCAAAGCGAUUAGUAUGUGAUAUCCCCUUACUGGUAUCCUGUACAUUGUCACUCUGAAGGGUGUGGAGAAUUGAGACAGUACUAUUAAUCCUCAGACUCCCAAGAUCUGAUUGUUAAUUCUCCCCUCUAGGUGGUACACAUUUACUAGUUAAUCGCCUCUGGGAGUUAAAGAGUUAUGCAAGGAAUGUUUUGAGUAUGAACAUGUGAAAACACUUCCAUGAAAUUCUUUGUGAUUAAAGGAUCAUCCAACAGCUUUACUGAGUUUUGCAUACUCUACCCUGCAGUGCUAGAAAGUGAAUGAUAGUGCAUCAGUUCAAUUUUCUUCCAGCUCAAAAUGAUAAAAAUUAGAGCUAGUUUCACACAUUUGUGUUUAACACUCUUCAUAUAAGCAAACUUUUCAUCUAGGCUUCUCUUCACCUAGGGUAGUUGUGUGCUUGAAAAUGUAUUUGAACACAUCACAAUGCCUCUCGCUACUUGGGAGUAUGAGAGGGUGCCAACAAAAUGUUAAGGAAACCUCAUAGAAUAGUGAAUUAGGAGUAUCUUGUACUCAUUUUGUGUUGGUGGAUCAUGUUGGUGUGGCUAACUAGGGUGGCAGCAGGAUUUCAAUGUGUCUCUGUUGGAAGUGGUUUUUGCUAAUUUUCCUUUCUGGAAUAGGAGUAGUGCUUCCUGUUAGCAAUUGCCCCAAUUAUUGUUGUAGAAAGAGCUGGAUUUGACUGCUAGUUUUUUUCAUGCAGCAUUCAUAUAAUGAAACAUCCAAAUAAUCUAGUGUAUGAAAUGGGAGGAAGAUAAGCAAUAGUAUUUAGUCCACAGAUUCUAUAACCCCUUGAAAAGAUGAAAAAUAAAAUCUGGCCUUUGUCCUAAAGGAGGUAGCAAAGGAAUAUGUGACACAAUCAAACCAUCCAUCAAAGAGAAUGUCCUGUUUGUGUCAUCUGGAAUCUUUAACAUGACUUACCUCAAAAGUAAAGUACUGGUAGGCUCUGAAAUUCAGGAAGAAGUAAUUUUGGAGACAACUUCCUUAGUCAUGGAGUCAAAUUUGUCAAGUAAAGGGCAGUGAAGGUGCAAUCAGAAUGAACAUGAAGCUGAGCUCUAAGUAUCAGCGCUGCACCGGUAUCGCAGAGGUCAUGGGUUCAAAUCCCGUACGGGCCUGAAAUUUUUUUCAGGUCCUAUUUACAACUACUCGUUUCAGUAGUGUUCUUAGCUGCGAGGAUCUCCUAAUUUCAAGCUCUAAGUUGUUGGUGUUUCCAAGAAUUGAGUUACUUGAUUUUAUCAUUUCAUAGCCCUUCAACCGCAAACAGUGACAAAUAUCUAAUUCCUCCUGACAAUAUCACCCCACAAUCACACAGUAAGGGAAAUGAUCACCAACUAAAGAAGCUCUUGAUUGUUAAACAAAUUCUCCUUGUCAACACCUUAGGAAUUGUAUAAAAAACAGUAAGGAGAGAAUAUGCAUACUGUUGUUAGGGUGUAAGGGUUGAUUACAACCUGUAUUUUUUUUAAUGAUUGAAAUAUAUAUAUCUCAUUAGAUAUUUUGGUGUUUAGUAUUGCUGAGUAUUUUAAUGAGUUGUGCCCUAUUUUGUCAAGCCCGUUGGGCAAGUCAAAGUACAAACAACGUGUGAAAAUACUCAGUGAUACUACUCACCAAAACAUCUAUAAGUUAUUUAUUAUCCAACUGCUUUUUUUUCUGCCAAGUUUUUCUGCUCAUUUCUCAUAAGAUGGGAAAAGCAAAGUGGAUAGAGAAGUGUAGCGUGCAGCCAACUGGUUAAACAGGUUUUUUACAGUACAAAAUAACCAACUGUCCAAAUAACCAUACAAUAUUGCAGGAUACUUGUACUCAAUUUGUGUGUUAUUUUGACUCUACUUUGUGCAGUUGGAUAAUAAAGAAUAUGUAUUGCUAUUAUAUUAAAAAGACCAUGCUCUCUGUAGUUGGACCUAUUUGUUUAGGUCUAGGAGUCAUUUGGCCUGUUAUUUUCAUUAGCUCUAACCCAAACCAUGGUUUUAGGCCAUCAGAAGGCCCCAGGCUCUCUUGGUUUUGUCCAACAAUAGCUAAAUUAGUUUAAACAAUUAGACAGUCAUUUUCAUGGAAUGAGUCCAAGAAACUUACUGAUGGGAAUCUCUAAUGAAGUCACUGAUUCACUCUCACAGCGGUAUAUUAUCUUGGAAUAUUCCAAACAUAUGAUCAUCACCUAGUUUGCAUUUAUUUCAAUGAAUGAUCAUUACUUUCAGGUGAUAUUUAUUGACAUGAGAGGAAAUUCUGUCAUUGAUGGAGAAACACUUUGCAGGUAAUGUAAGCUUGCUAGUUCUUAUGAUGAAAUCUCUGAUUUGCAUGGUGAAAUGCUUUUUAAGCCAACAAGCUUAGUUAACUCUUAGAAUUAUUUCUGGAGAGUGAUUUUUCCCUUUUGAAAUAUCCUUUAUCAUUGUAUCAUUUCUUCUUUCAAGCAAAUGUUCAGGGAAGUUUGUUCUUUAUUAAUUAGCUUUAGAGAUUUAAAUCAAAGGUGUCCUGGCCGUGUGUACAUGUGGAGUGAUUUCUUCUCUUUCUUGCCAUCAGUACUUGUAGUUUUCUGUAAUCUUUCUUGUUGAAAUGGAACUUCUUUUGCUUUUUCACAAGAAGCUGUCAAUUUUGGAGUUUUUCCCCUAAAUCCUAAGGCAAUUUUGGUCAUUGCAAUUGUCUUGACAUAAAUCAUUAAUUCAAGAAUGCCUAUUGAGGAAUGCUCAAUGAUUUUUGCACCAUUUUGAUGCCUACUAGGUAUUCAAAACCAAAAAUGCAAGGCAUGUAACCAAACUAAAUUUAUGAAGAUGAAAUUUGUUUUUGGUCACCCUUAUUCUAGUUUUUUGAGUUUUCCUCACAAAAUAUAUCAAAGUUUUCUUGCCUAUUUCCUUGCAUGAAUUUACUUGGGGGGCUGUUUUUAAUUAGAAGACAAAGCAACAAAUAUCCUACAGGUAUUAAUUAAUUAAGGAAGCUUUGAUUGUGGGAUAAAGAAUACUAUUUACCUCCAUGGAGGCUCAGAACGUCAUCCUGUUACCAUUGUGCCAUAGGAUACUGAUGGAGAAUUCGGAAUUAGCUGGGGCUAGGUACUCUUGCAGGAAUGAUAUAUUUCUUUGUGCAACAAUGCCGACAAACACUUAACAUUUCUCUUUGUCUUUCUCUAGCAGAUGAACAAGUUCAAAAUUUAGCUAAGAAUUUGCUCUCUCUCUUUCUCUCUCUCUAUUGUAUUUUUACAAUAGCUCAACAAAUGGGUUGUAAUCUAUUUGUUUUUUCUUGGAAACAAGGAGAACCAGAAAAAUAAUUUUAAUUUAACCAUGUUUGUAAGUCAAAGAGCAUAUAAAAGAACAAGCUUAAGAAAAUUAAGAUAGAAAAGUUUUUGAGAUGCAUGAGAGACCCACACUUAAACCAAGGCCUGGAUUUUGAUAAAAGCCAGUUACUGGUGAUGUACUACUACCUAUGGGACCUCUUACUGUUGUCUGUUUUGCCUGCAAACAGGCGUUUGUGUUUAGGUUUCACCCUAUUGCCCCUUUUUCUGGACAUGACUGGCUAUUGCACAAUCUGCGGCCGCUUAGGGGGAAAAAAUUUAAACCCCUGCUAGGGACUUGUAAUGUAGUGCAGUUUCCUUUUGCUAUAUCUUGUAUGAUUUAGAGUAGGAUUGUUGCCUAACUUACUAAAUAGUAUUUUUUUUUCACUUUUUAGGAUAAUAAGAGCAAAAGGCCCACGAGAGAAUUCUAUAAUUAUUGCUGUAGUCAAAGGGAGGUGAGAGACCUAGUACCAUUUACAAGCUAAUUUUUGUGCACUCUACACUUCUAGGAAAAUUUAAGACUGACUUUUUGAUCCACCAUCUCAUGAACUCUCUUUUCUCAAAAUGAUAAGAAAGGAUUUGUCUGCUGCUCUUCCUUUUAUCCACUUUCCAUGAAAAGGUGAAACUGAACUUGCCAAAGAAUUGUUGCUACUUGUGUUGAACAUCCAUUUAAUUUUCAAUGUUUCAGGGUUUAUGAUUUGUCUACUAGAAAAAUUUUUUUCUUUUUCCAAUGGCAAUACCAUGGUUGCAGAAGCUAUGGUAUUAAAAGCUGACUUUGGUUACUUAGGAAUUGCAAAGCUAGUAAAUCUGAAAUGCAGAUAAAGAUGUCAUCCUAUAUAAACUGGGGGGUUGUGGAUUUUAGAACAGAAAUAUCUUUGUUUCUUUGGUGACAGAGCUUGCAUUGGCCAAAUGUUAUUAGGAAGUAGAAGUGUUUCUUUGGAAUUGACCACUUUGCUUAUGUCAUGCUUUUUUUAUUUUCAUUCAGAGAUCAUCCUUCUUUCUCGUUAAUUAAACUUUCAUGAUAAUCCUUUUUUAACUCGCAACGAAAUGUGACCCAAAACUUGCUAAUGUUUACAAAGAAGUGUCAUUGAAAAAUGACAAUUAUAGGGUUACAUGUUUGUGUUGAGUAACAGAUUCCUCUUAAAUUCAACAGAUGUAUUAACCUUGACUUGGUUAACUAGUUGUCUUUUCAUGUGAAAGAUUUAAAAAAUUGUUAUUGCAUGACUUAAUCAAAUUGGUCCAUAGUGAAUAUUUCAUGUAUGCAUGGCAUUAUCUCAGGAAAUCAGUCGAGGACAGGGAAAGCAUUUGUACAUCUUAAAUCUGUUUAUUGUAAUCUUCUUGUCAACUAUGCAUGGUAUGGAAUGUUUCAUGAACCUGCAUAAAGUGGUUAUUGUGUGUUGUUCAAGUAACAGCCUCCAAGAAAAUACUUAAGGGUGAUCACUUAAUGAUGUGUGCGUGUGUCAUUCAUCUGACAAAACUGAUCAUGACUUAAGAGAAUUUGUAUUUUUAUAAAAGAAAUGGAAGUUUUAUGACUUUAAGCUCGAGAAUGUUCCUCUUGUGUAGUUUAGAUGUAUAUACUCAUGACAAUAAUAUUUAUAUCACCCACUGGUGUGCCUGUCUGCCUGAAAGCUGCUUAAUCUUCUUUGUCUGUGUUUUCCACUAAGCUAUUUCGACCUCCUUUCCUUCCGGACAACCUGUGCACUUUGCUAAAUCAGGUUUUGGUUACAUUAGCAAGCUUUAUUGAAUUACAUCUCUGUUUUAAGGAAAUAAGAGAACCAGCAUGUGUUGUUAUUUGUUUUCAUAAACAAAGAUAAUUAACUUUAUUGAACAUGUGAUGCUUCUCCAAAUUUGCUUGCUCUUCUAAGACAUUAAUUAAUGUAAGAUGUUAAUCACUAACUACACUCUAUUGCCAUUUCUAGUAAAACGAAAUCCCACUGUCUUCGCAAAAUUUUCACAUGUGGCCUCAGGAGGGAUCGCAGGUCUGGUUACUCUCGCUUGCGUGCAACUUUCAAAUUAGACUCUCCUUUGCAAGUUACAGGCUACAUGUGUCCAUAGAUUUGCCCUUUGAUUGCAAUCCUAGCUUUAAAUUGUGCAUUCUGCCAAGUUAUUAUAUAACAAGCUUUUGAAAAAAAAAAAUUAUGACUAUAUGAGCCACUGUGCUUGUGAAGGAAAGUUUUCAAGUUGAAGUUGGCAGCAAAGUGCAGUCAGCAGAUAUCUGUGAAUGUUGUACAGUGAAGUUUGUAACAGUCGUACAGUGUACUGUGUUGACAGCAAUGCAACUGUAAAGUUAAGCAGCUUUCACAAAAGACAGUAGUCACACCAGUGUCUUGUCAAACAUUUUGCACUAAUAUUUCAAUUUUGUUCAUCCAGUUGCCCCAAAGAUAAAAAACCAGACCCUCCCAAUUGAUAAUCAAUCCGUUUUUGAUUUUGUUGUAAAAUCUAAACAACAUUCCAUUGGUGACUGUUUCCUAGUUCUUGUUACCUGUUUGGUUUAUUCAAAUUUUGUUAUGAGAAUUCACUAAGUGAUCACUCCUUGGAUCAAAGGGUAAAGGGGUAAAGUCUUGAUAAUUUAGGUGAAGCUGUUUAAUUUGUUUUACUGUAAGCCUAACACUUCAAUCUAAAGCCCUUUGCAAAUGAAUAACCCUGUGAAAUGUUUUCUAAGAGUUUGAAGUGUUGUGAUACACUUUCUCUUGUAUUUAAUAUUGCACUUGUGUUGAAUUAAGUCACAUACAUAUAUCAGUCCUGACAGACUGUUAACAUGUUUCCAUUUUAGCCCACGAAGUGAUGAACCAUCGAUGCUUCCACUGCUAAAAGCUGGAUUUGACCGGGUGAGAGUGCUUUCUUUCAUUUUAAAGAUAGUAAAUUGUGUCUUGAAGUACAGAUUUGCAGUUAUGGAAACUGUUUUGGCUCCACUUCUCUAUAAGCUAGAAUGACUAACACUCUCACCUGUAAGAGUGACUAACAUAGGGUCAUGAGAGUAGAAGAAAUGAUCACCCACUAAGGCAGCUCUUGAUUGUUAAAUAAUUUUUGUUAUCAUUUAAGGAAAUGUAUAGAGAACAGUAUGGAGUAUAUGUAAUCUGAUAUUGGGGUGUAAAGGGUAAAAGGGAGUUAAGUGUGCACUGCUGUGUUUGUCAUAGCAGAAAUGUAAUUUUUCCCCAAAAAAAUUCCUGACAAAAAUUAACUUUUCCUUUUUAGCGGUUUGUUGAAAAUGCUAAUGUUGGGGCUUGUCAUAAUGAGUUGCUGAUGUUGGAACAUGGAGAAGUUCAGUCAAUGUUUAAACUGAGGGCAACAAGCUGUCUUUUUAGUGCAAUCGAGCACUCCACUGAUGCUGUAGAGAUUGCCAGUGCAGACCCUGACAAGCCAGAGUUACAGGUAGAGGUACAAAAAAAACCCCAAACAAAUUUUAUUUUUGUUUUAAUCUAAUGUUUAGAAGAUUGCACUCAUGGAAUAGCACACAGCAUAUAUUUCUUGUGCGAAAAUUCCAUUGAUGGGAAGAAUAUUGUGAAACAAUAAUUUGUAACAAUUAAUAAGAAAGAAGAACUGCACCUUUUAUCUUUAAGUCUGUAUGACGUACCAUUAAAACAUUGUUAUUUUUGGGUAAAAAUAUCUGUUAGUUCUUACAUAACUUCCACUUGAUAGUCACAAGGGCCAUAUUUGUUGACAAUCAGUGCAACUGGUUUAAGAUACUUUGAUUUCAAAAUCAUAAAGGUAAAAAAAGGUGACACAUUGUUACAACUCUGUGUGGGAGGUAAGAAGAAAAACUCAAAGUAAUGGCACUCUUAUGGCUAGCCUGAGAAUGGCAAUGACCUGUUCAAGACGAUGAUAUGGACCUCUUGUACAACCCACAAGGUUGCCAUUUUUCUGUUUCAGGAAAAUCCUAGUAUUUUAGGAAAAUAAGAUGGCAGAUGGGUAAAAAAAGAUGGGGAAAAAGUUAAGAGCUUCUGUUCAAGUUAUUUAUUUAUCUUAGUUAUACCAUUUUAAACUAUAAGGAGGUAAUUACUUUAAUUCCAAAAAAUUUUUUUUUCGUGGUACAUUUUCAGUACUUCAACCCUGCCUUUGAGAAAAUGUCUGAAGCUGUUGGGCAUCCACAGAACUUCAUGAUGAACAGUGAGCAUGAGAAACCUGUAAGUUCUAAAAUGGAUUAAGGUUUCCAAAAAUUGAAGAAAUUCUUUACAUUUUCAGGAAGAUGAUGGAAUGAUACCAACACAAAACCCCUAGGUAGUGGGUCAUUUUAACCCCUGGGAACAUUAGAGUAGGACAAAUAUGAAAUUUGGCUGCUUGAUUAGGAUUAGCCUUUUUGUCCCGAAGAUCUUAUUCGUAAUUCUCCUUACUGUCUGCCAUACAAUUCUUAUGUUAGUUUGGAGAACUUGGUGUAGGAUCCACUAUUACUGUAAUCCCCUAAUUUAUAAUUUUCUCUAUUCCCAUUUCUCAUCUGCUUGAUAUUGUUUGAUAUUGUAAGGAGAAAUUCUGUUUUGGUGACUCGUGAUAUUCAAGAGGUUAAUAACAUUUGAAAUGAUGUUCUUUUUAUUUUAGGAGUUAUAUGAGUCAAUUCAUGCACACAUAAAGAAAGGGAAGGUAGGUUGUUUGUUGUUUUUUUUUCCAGUAUUUAACUUAGUGAAAAUUUAUUUUUACCAUCAGUGAUCAUGCUUUUUCUUUUUUUCCUUCUCUUUUGUACAAUUUUCACUUUCCACUGUUGCUUUUCAAGAUAAUAAUAAUACAAACAAUAACAAAAUUGUUGCAGGCUAGAGCAUCAUCAUCUCCAUAAUCAUCAUUAUUUUUAUCUUAACUUCUCCUCCUGUGCCACCCCUUUCAGUAAAAUAAUUUCAUUAUUUGUUUGGUCAGUGUUUGUGAUGACUUAAAGUGAAGAGGAAGUGUUUUUUAGAUGAUUGUUGAAUUUGUGGAUCAUUGAUGAAUUGUGCAUGACACAGAGUUUGUUUGCAGAUCUUAGAUCUAAGUAGUAAUACUAUGUUGUCUUCUAUCUGUUUACAGCCAUGGGAGGGAAAAGUAGUUGGGAAAAGAAGAAAUGGGGAUAGUUUCUUACAAAAUGUGCAUAUCAUUCCCAUCAUUGGCAAAGGAGGGUAAGUAUUUGAUGUGAAAAGCCACAAGCAAGCUAAGAUACAAAUGGUUAGUUCAUACUUCCUCUCUUAAAAUCUCAACAAGAUUGCCCUGCACUGUCAGCUCUACAUUUCUUUUAGGUUUUCCCUAAGAAUUUGGUGAAAAGUUAUAUAAUAUCCAUUACUUAAUUAUAUCUAUCUUCUCAUCACCCUUCAUCUCAACAAUGUACAGAUAUUUUAAGGAAAAAUUAAUUUUUUUGGUCUCUCUUCUCUUUAGAACACAGUACUUAAGGUGGUUUUGCAUGGGAAAAUCAAUUUGAAAACUUAGUAUUUUUUUACAGCAGGCACAAACAUGUAGAAAAAAUUUCAUCAUAUAUAUUAUUGCACUACCUUAUGUCUGGCAAACUACAUGUCUCCUAUCACAUUUAAUCAGAUUGGAUUUUAAAGCUGUGUUUUGGCAGAGGGGAAUGUCACACGGCUCUAGCUUGUGGUGAAUAUGUACAACUCUGCUUUUCAGAAAGGUUUUAAUUGCUGUCCACCUCAGACUUCUGAGUGGAGAGCCUUCACACACCUUCCUAGAGCACAGGUGUGGAUUAAAGUGAGAGGGGUUUGGGAAUGGUAACAUUCUUAUAGCACUCUUCUCUGACGCACAGGAAAGUUGCUCACCAUGUGACAGUGAAGAGAGAAAUCACCCAGGCUAAUCCCCUGAAUCAAGUCAACAUGAAUAUGGAGGUUAAUAUGCAUAUGGAAUCAGUAAGUGUAACAAAGUGUAUUAUAUCGUAAAAUAGUUUUGGGUUAGUCAUUGUGGGAAAUUACAUUUUCAAAAGAGAAAUGUAAUCAUUUGUCACAAUGUGGUCACUUCUGAUGCAGAUUGUGAUGUAUCAACUGCAUACUGCUGGUCAUCUUCAGGAGAUGAGGUUGAUCCACUUCCAAAGUGAUCACAUCAUGAGACAAAUGAUUACAUUCCUCUUUUGAAAGUGUAUUAUUCACAAGCAUAUCAGUCUCUCUGGCACGAUAAGGGUGUUGGACUUUAGUCUCUGAAACCAGUUGAUUGCAGUUUUUGUCACCCAUAACCUCCAACUUGUCCAUUCAAGGUAAAGCUAUCAAGAUCUCAAAUGACCCAUCAGCUUAGGGUUUAGACUCAGUGAGCUCUCAAACGUCCUUCAGUUAACGAUGGCAGUGUAGUUGGGGAGACGACAACAAAAGUAGAGUUUGGCACAAAUAUGGUUGUGCAAAAAUACAUAGUUUUUUUUUGAUAGUUUGAUCACAAUUUUAUGUCUGUUUUCUUCAUAGCCAAGUACAGCCAGUGGUGUAACAGAACAAGUUCAAAUUAACACCUUAAAUGGUUAGUGGUAAUGCUGCCUGUGAUACUGAUAAAAGGAGAAGUGUGUUUUCAGAAACCAUAUGAUAAUUACCUUGGGCAUUCAAAGAAUAUUUAACUUUUUACACCUUAAUAUCAGUAUGCACAUUCUACAAACUGUUCUCCACACAUUUUUUAAGGUUCUGACAAGGACAAUUUAUUUAAAACAAUCAUUGGCAUCUUUAGUUGGUGAUCAUUUCCUUUAUUCUCAUGACCUUAAUGUUUGAUCAAGGGUGAUAUUGGAAGGAGAAAUUAGAUGCUAGUCAUUCUUUGUGUUACUGACAACAAUUUAAGAUUCCAAAAAUUAACCUAACUUUUGAAAAUUGUUUCUCUUUGUGUUAAAAAUGGGCGGCAGAUUCUGUCAUGUUGAACCUUACUUCCCUUUCUACAAGAAAAAUUUAUUUUGGAAGUGUUCAUCUUUCCAAAACUGUUUCACUGUCCUGUUUGUGAUACUGUGCUUAAGGAUUUCCACAAUAACUCUUAAACUCCCUUUUUCAUUUUCAUCUAUUCGCGGUCAAGAUGUUAAAUGUUGCACAGACUUUAUCAAGCGCUACUAUUAAUAAUUUCUUUAUUUAUAGGAGGUAUUCUUAGAAGACAUUCAACAACAACUACGACUAAAAUAGAGGCACCCAUUACAAAAGUGAGUCAUAUUCUUGGGUUUUCCUUGAAAUGUUUAAUUUUUAAUGGAAGCAUCAAAAUGUGUGUAAUUUACUUUAAGACAUGCAGCUGAAAAAUUUUAAUUGCUGCCUCUUUUGCGAAAUAAUGUCCUGUUUGUGGAAUGCUUCAAGCUGUAUUCGACAGAUCUUAUUUGUGAAUCAUCCCUGUGUUUUGGUAUUACAAGAUGGAAUACAGGUGCUCCACUACUACAUUCACAAUUUCAUUAAAAGGCUUGAGUGGUAUGGCUGGAAAUACAUUCAUAUUUUUUCAAUGAUUUAUGCAAUAUUUAGCUCUUUAGGCCUAUGUAAAGAGAGGUUCCCUGUGGUAUCACGAAGUGCCUUUAUUUAUUAAUUAAUAAUUUUUGUUUCAGGUCAUAAACAUGCUGUCUGCAGCGCAAGAAAAUAGUCCCAUGUCUGUAGUACAAGCACUAGAUAGAGUGCUGGUAAGAUAUUUUUCCUUUUCUCACCCUCAUAGUUUCAUUCGUAUUUCUCCCCUCUAAGAUGAUUUUGCAUUUAAUUAAGACUGGUCUCUCGCUGAUGCACUUUUUUAUUCUCACCACUUGAUUGUCGGUUUAUGUCUUGCAAUCGCGAGGGCAACUGAAAUGUUAAUAAGUUCUGGAGGGUAAAAGGUUCGAACCUUUCAGCGUCUGCUGGAGACAAAGCUACACCCCGAAGCGGUUCUAUUUGACGUCCGGGCGUACACUGAACGCAGCGCAGCCACAAAAUGAAAAAAAAAAUUGUUACUUUACAGUUACUUAGAGGAGAAAACUUGGGAGGAAUGCAUCUUAAAACAUUUUUGUUUUGUUAGGAAAUUCUACGGACAGCGGAAUUAUAUUCCCCUUUCACAACAACUGAAGAAGACAUGAUGACCAAUGAACUGGUCGGAGGUCUCAUGAGCAAUGUGAGUUUUAUUCAUUCAAGUAACUCAUUCGAUGGUCUGAAUUCUUCCACAGUUUGACGUUUGUCUUCAUUCAUUAUGACAUUUCUAUUUGACCUUUCAUUUGAAUAUUAUAAUUUAUCCGGGAUUGCACUGGCUUUGAUCUUGUUCCGUUUGUUAUUAUUGGCCCAAAAAUCUCGCCGUAAAGCAGUUUUCAGUUAACGCUCUUAUAACUAAAGGAGCCAUAACAGCCAAUCGUAAAUUUUGUUUUUUGGUUUUACUAUUAAUGAUUAUAGCCUAAUGGUCGUUUACUAUUUGUUGUGUUCCAGGGCCGAAGGAGACCCUCCUGUGACGUUCCUAAACCAAGUACGAACUUAUUCUACACAUUCGGCAGAGGUCCGAGGCUAAUACUUACACUUCUUUUCUAACUUUCAUGUUAACGUUUGCUCUUAAUAUUUUAAUGGUUUAAUAUUAAGGUAUUAAAUCAUUUUAACCUCUUCCUCCUCUCUAGAAAGAACUUAAUUAAUUACUGAUCUUUGUGAAUGAUUUGAAAAUUGACAGAAUGAGGAAUUUAACAUAAUGUUUUGAGAGGUAAACUAGUUUUGUUGGCGAUAAGCUCUCGUUGUAAUUUGCUUCGUCCAUAUUUCUUUGGACAGGUCAUACCACACCGAGCACUGUACGAACCCCACCCAUCUCACACCUCCAAGAGGCCCCACCUGAAGUUAUCGCUUCUAUGGUUGACGAGGCAGACUGGGACUUUGAUAUUCUCAAGUUGGAAAAAGCCUCCAAUCACAGGUUUGUUUAGCGCCGUCUUAUCUGAUAAUCACAAGGGCGUGGCACAGGUCCAUGGGGGAGGAAGGGGACGAGGGGGUCAACGGGUAUAUACAGCCUCCUUUGUGCCCCCUAAUGCCUACCUCCACCCAAUGUCAUUGUCAGAAGCAGUAGUAGUUUCAACAACUGGGUCACUAACCUCUUGCUACCUUUCUUUCAUUUGGAAAGAGACUUCCCGGGGUGAAACAUUAAUAUCAACGACUCUCAAAUUUUUCAUAGUUAGGGGGCACUAAACCUCUACUUUUUGUCUCCAUUCACCUGAGCUCUUAGAACGUUGUUUGUUUGGAAAAAGGUGAAAUCCAAGUUAGUCGCAGCGAUGACUGACAAUCUAAGGAGCCUUUGAGAACUCCGUGUAUCCCACUUUUAGAGCGGGAACGCGUGGUUGGCCAGGGUGUGUUUGGUUUUAAGUUUUGCGUCUGAUUGGUUGAAAGUCUGUUGUGUUACUUCUAAACCAAUCGAAAAGCGUUGUAGGCAAAGAAAAACAGUACUAUGCCGUAUUGCUUGUCACAUUUCAUUGUGAUGGUUCAAGCGAAGAGAUAGCGUUGCUUUUCAAAAUUAUUUCUGUAAAAGUCUCGGUUUUUUUUAUUGUUGACGUGACUCCGAAGUCAAAGUCCUAUUUGUAAUUUGAUCAACUAACAUAAGGGCGUCGUGACUAUCUUUAGGCCCUUGUACUUCUUGGGAACGAAGAUACUGAACAGGUUCAGGGCCUGUGAAUUACUCAACAUUACCGAAGAUGUUCUCAAGAAUUGGUUACAAGUAAGUCGCUGUGUCCAUGUUCUGUCUUUUUACGGAAAGGAUCUUUCAUGGUUCAGCUUUACUUUUCUCUACAUCACACACACAACAGUCAUUUGUCUUAUUCGAUGGUUCAACAUAUGGUACAAGCAUUGAGCACACAAUGUUCGCUCGUAGUUAACGUUAAACCAUGGAAUAUGAAAAGUUGAAUUGAGUCGGGUUCCCCUACGGAAAACAAAAUACAGACAAUAUAUGAAUUCCUUUUAUUCCUAACGCCAUGUUAUGAUUUACUCCGGACGGUAAAGUACGUGAAUUCUAUCCCAUCUUCACAAUAUUCACUCUGGCAGUGCCACUCUCCACACGGGAAUACAGAUUGGUAUUAGUGCGCCGCCAGGAAAGCCUUCAGGCUUUUUCUUUCAUUUAUUCAUACAUUUUUCAGAUAUACUGAUUUCCGUUCAUAUGUUCUUGUUUCAGUUAAUAGAAGAAAACUAUCACUCGAAAAACGCCUAUCAUAACUCCACGCACGCUGCUGAUGUCUUGCACGCAACAGCAGUGUUCUUAGCAAAAGAAAGAGUGAAGGUAACAUCAUCUCAGAUAAUAGUAUCUACUUUUUUUUUUUAUUGUUGUUUUAUGUGUUUUCGUGUCGUUGUUGAUGUCGUUUUUGUCAAUACCAGCGUGCUUGAUAACUGAGAACGGGUUGACAAAAUUUAGAGUAUUGAGUGGAAAGUUUGAGCGCGUUUUUAAUGUAUCUCCAGCAAGCUUCGGUUUUUCGAAGGGUGGAUUACACUAUCACUAAAUAAAUAUCCAUCCGAUGGAUAGCUCAAUACGUUUGUUCACACCUAUCCGCUGAAUAGCGAUUUAUCCGUUGGAUAGCGUUAUCCGCACUCUGAACAACUGGGCCCUUCCCUCUAUUUUUAGUUUUUUUUUUUUUUAGUGAAUAGUGCACAAAUCGUAGUCCAAAUCAAUUUUAUCCUCUGGCGAUUCAGUGCCAUUAAAAACGCACGUGAAUUGUUUCGCAAACUUUGUAUGUUUCAAAGAUACGUCAAGAUUCCUUGAUAAAAAGAUUUGAGCUUUAAUACAUUUUCCUUUCAUUGUUAAGUUAGUUCUGUCAAGUAGAACAUGUAGUGCAGGACAUGAUCUGUAAAGGAGAACCUUCUCCCUUAAAUCAUUCCUUUCUUGGUUAUGUGAUUUUGAAUUCAGAGGGAACGAUUCUAUUUACUUGUUAUCUUAGUUGCUUUUUCUGUGAAGUCUAACAAGUUUUGUUGAUACGAUUUUUUCUUUACUUUGCAGGCUGUUCUGGAGCCACUCGAUGAAAUAGCCUCGUUAAUAGCAGCAGUUGUUCACGACGUAGACCAUCCGGGAUACACAAACUCGUUCCUUUGUAAUGCAGGAAAUGAGCUCGCCAUCCUCUACAACGACAUCGCCGUACUGGAGAGUCAUCAUGCUGCGUUGGCGUUCAAACUUACAGCCAAAUACGAAAGGUCGAACAUCUUUAAGGGACUUGACAUGUAAGUAGAAAUCAUAGUGGAGUGUUUUUUGAUUAAGUAUCGUGAAACCAAAGCAAAGUCACCACAACAGCCAAUCAAAAAAAAAAGAAGAAAUACCAAACUACCUAAAGCGCGGGACAACGCGGGCGACCAAGUCGCGAUUGGUUUUAGUUUUGCAUCUGAUUUUUUGAGAGUGUGGCGCGAGUUUUUGACCAAUCACAGAGUGAAGUAAAGCAAAUCUCGAGCACGCAAUCUUAGCGUUAAAUGAAAGUGAUGCUGGGUCUUAUGUACAUGUGACAGCCGCGAAACUGUGGUGGAUGCCAAAGUCUAAUGUAAUGCACACCUUUGUCUUUAUUGAAGAAACUUGUAGGGGAUGGGUGACCUACUUAUUACCACUCUGGACUUCUUGUCACCUUCAUGUCUUCUUGACCGGCAUUGCUGGUCACAUUUGCAUACAGACUUUUCUUACUAAACGAGGAAUUUUGUCAUGACUUGUCUUCUACCAGGGAUGAGUUCCGCACGAUUCGCCAAGCGAUCAUCGACAUGGUAAUGGCGACAGAGAUGACGAGACACUUUGAACAUCUCUCAAAGUUCGUAAACUCUAUAAAUAAACGGCGUUCUUCCAGUAUGGAUGAGGUACACUCGGUGGUAAGUCGAUAAUUUAUUGUAUCUAUGCAUCGGUGCCGUGGAGCAAAGUGGCAGUAGUCCAUAGUUGCACCGGUGCUUUGUUAUACAAUGCAGUAUGAAAUACUAUGAACGCCUGCCGCUUCUAUUUGAGCAGUCGCGCACAAGUAGUGAACACCGUAUUUCUUCAACGCUAGAGUGUAUCUCGACUGGGUAUGCUUAAACUUGAGCUAAAGUAAUCAUAGGGACCAAUCAGUGCGAAAGGAAAUAUUUUAGUAGCCACUGAGAACUCAAACUUAAAACAAGCAUUCUCUUUGAAGAGCAGGGAACGCCAGUCUCCAAGACCUGAUUAGUUUUAGUUGCUUUUGAUUGGAUAAGUUGGUAGCGUAAAUCUUUUGACCAACAGAGUCGAGCACAGCGAAAAUAACGCAAUUUCGAAUCCCUUGUCACACUCAGUUUUUCGCUAUAUAUAAUUGUGCUCGGUAGUUUGAGAAUGUCGCGUUAUUGCAAAACUGGCCGUAGGAUAUACACAGGAACUGAAAUGAUUGAAACACGCUAUGUUUAUUUUUAUAGCACAGUGGGCGUGGCACUCCAGAUUCCACAGCAUCAACUGCUGUAGCACUCAACACUCCAGAAAACCGUACACUGAUUAAAAGAAUGUUAAUUAAGUGUGCUGAUAUCGCCAACCCAGCUCGACCACGAUACCUGUGUAAAGAGUGGGCAUACAGAAUAGCAGACGAGUACUUUUCACAGGUACGUAGAUGAAGUCAUGGGUUAAUACAAUCAGCAUCGUUAGAUGGAGGUUUUUGCAGCUGAAGGAGAAAUAAAUUGAAGUUAUUUAGAGCGCAGUAAAAAUAGCCUUCAAAGGCAAUUUCAAUCGUGAAAAAGAAGGCAUUUUGACUGAUAGUCGUCAACCAGAACCAUAGUAAUCACAAAAUAAUUGUAAUUUACAAAAAUGUCAUUUCUUAACUCGUACUUAAAACAAGCAAACUGGCUGGGGUUUAUUCCUGUACAAUUUUUUUUUCUAUUUUUCUACAGACGGAUGAGGAAAAGAGGCGUGGUUUACCCGUCGUGAUGCCUGUGUUUGAUAAGCAAACAUGUAACGUACCGAGAUCACAGGUCGGUACAACUUGAAUUCACGGUAGCUUGAUAUUGAUGACGUGAGGCCUUGGACGUGGGAGGGGGUGGACCGUUGGUUAUCGCGCUUUGGACCCCGAGUAGAAGGGCCUGGGUCGGGGUCAUUGUGUUAUGUUCUUGGAAAGACAGAAGACGAAAUUUCAGCGAGGGGAGCGUGGGACAAUCUUUGAAUGACAAAUAUCUCAUCUAAAUGGAGUGAACUUACUCUUUGUAGCUUAAUGCUGCUUGAAGUUAUUCUUAAGCUUUGAACUUGAAAAGUACAUAUUAGCUCGGAAGCAGCGAUGUUCUAAUGAACGUGAUUGUCCGAAUAGAUAGCAUGCAGCUUAAAAUAAGUGCAAAUCAUUGUGUCGAAUUCUUUGAACUCUUGGUCAUCAAGUCGAACACUAGUCAGGCCUUUGUAUGAAAUGUUCUCGUGGGAAAAGGUGGGAUUUAGGCAAAGGAAAAAAAACAGGACAAAGAACUCUCGUCAACCGCCGAUUUUUUCUCCCCCAUUAUUUUGCUCCCUCCCUUUUAAGAUUAAUAGUUUAGAACAAUCUUGUGUUGUUAAUAUUGAUUUACUCAAUUUCUCUUCAUCUAUUUUUUUUUGUAUGUCUUAUCUUUUCUAGGUUUGGUUCAUAGAUUACUUUGUCAGUGAUCUUUACGACGCAUGGGAUGGUAUGUUUUUUAUUCGUUGAUUUGUCUGUUAAUUUGUCUGCUUUCUUUGAUAAAUGCAACUUGAUCGGUGGUUUAAUCAGAAACACGUCGAAAUAGUGUUUUUUAUGACUGUAUUUUUACAGCUUUCGCAUUUGUACCCGAGACCAUCAGACACCUUACAGAUAAUCACGAAUACUGGAAAAAAGCAGCAGAGGAGUGGGUAAGCGACAAUGUUUGUAAGUACCAGUGCACCUUCAUUUCUCAGUCGCUUAAAAAUUUCCCCUCCCUCCUCUCCCUCCUCUCUCGACCAAGUACA